CGAAGACCUUAGAACAGACUUUGCUACUACCGCCUCUACAUCCCUUCAGCUACACUUUUCCUCCACUUGAAUACUACUUACAGCUUUGUAGCGGAUUUGAUUGUUUCCUCUUUCACGAAGCUCCAGACGGAGCCGGGUGAUCGCGCAAGGAUCAAAGUUGUGUUGCUACCAUUCGCGCGCCUAACAACCGAUCAAACUUCUUCCCAACGUCAACUCUGUUACUCGCAACUUCUACAGGCUUGCGAGAAAACUUUUUUCACUAUCAUAAAACAACUUUAAAUACUCUUGUAGGCCCAUCUGUAUCUCCCGAAUUCUUCGUGUCAGAAUGCCUUUCACACGACGUAGCCGGGUUGAGCCUGGCUCGAAACCACCAACGCCAAAUACCAAAGCAAUUACCAAUGGAUCAAGUCCAGCUACAAUAUCAAGGAAGCUUCUUCGAUCGGCUUCAAACCUCUCACCAACUCUGAGCACAACCACUCGGAAAUCCAGCAGGCCGCGCAGAGCUCGUGCGAUCGCUGACGGCACGAAAGUCACCUUCCGCGGUCUACCCGAGGACUUUCUAUCAAACUUACUUAUUGACUCACAAUUGAAAAACGUCGCAAAUGUUCCCGAGCUUGAGUCUCUUUCGAAAGUUGACGUAAUAACUUCGCCUGUCAAGUCUUCGCCUGUGUCCACCAAGUCAAAGGAGCAAACCCUUCCAAAUGAGAUUGAGGAUCAAACUUCGGAAGAAUCUAUGGUAGAUUCUGAAAGUGAGAACUCUCCGGCCCCAAAAUUUACCCCAAAAGGCUCGCGAGCAGGGCGCGUACGCGGCCGUGGUCGAGGUGGACGACCGCGUGGUCGUGGCAGAGGAGGCCGACAGCCACCAAUUGAGCCACCACACCUUGAGCCACCAGCUCGAAGACGAGCAUUCAGAGAUGCAGCUCCUAAAAACUUGGCAGAGACUUCAGAUGAAGGUGAAUCUAUGCCAGUAACGCCAGCAGAGGAGCCUCAAGGUCGCGAAAUUAACGUCUCUACCGAUAGGCCAGAAGCAGGCGUGGAUGCUAACGAUAAGUCGACUGUUUCCGCAACUAUGCGCACAAAUAUCGAAAGUCAUGAUCGCGCUGAAGCCGACGAACCUGCGCAAAGCAUUGAAAAACCAAUUCCCAGGCACCCAAGAACUCUAACACGGGAAAACUCUGGCGCAUCUUUGUCACAUCAGGUUGCGACCCCUUCGGAAGUAGUGGAACCCAUCGAAGAGACACUCAUGGACAUUGAUCUUCCUGCUCCAUUUAUCGAGGAUUACGAGAUUCCUGAUCGAAAGGACUGUGAUGAUAUCGCUGAUUUCAUCAUGAAGAGCCGCUAUAAGCCAAUGACUGAUCCUCAAGCAUUCAUCAGUGCACUGACCAAGUACGAGCCUUCCAAGCGCUCAACAAGUGUUCUUUAUGAGCUAGCCGAAAAUGUUCAGCAGACACUCAAGGCCUGGCAAGACGAGUACUUGGCACUCGAUGCACUCACUGCACCUGCGGCCAACCCACCAAAGAAAGUGGCUACUGGUGGGCGAAUACCAUAUGACAAGGCAACUUGGGAAGAUAUGAGAGAAGCUGAUCUCUACAAUUAUGCCUAUGAUUCUAGGAAGCCACCCGGAACACAAGAUCCGAUGGCACAGCGCAUAGGCCGAGAUGGCACUGGCGGCCGUGAGCUUAGACAACGGCGUGCUCGUGACGCCCUUGGCUCUACCCAAGUCAGCGAGGAGGACGAGGAGAACGAAAAUGGUGUGGGAAAGCGGAAGCGACGUGCAGCCCAACGCUUUGAGGGUACUGCCACACCUGAAUUCGGGGCUCGAGGGACCAGAAAGCGACUACUCGCGCAGGAAGCUGAUGGGAACAUGGAGGAUGGAGGGGGCAAAAGGAUCCGUACCACUGCCGCUCUUCUACCACAGCGCAUAAGAGAGAUGAGAGGCGAGAGCAUAGCCAACAGCUCUACCGAAGGAGAAGAUGGGUCACCUGAACCUCCGGGAGGCAAGCGAAGAGGUCGCCCUCCAGGAAGCAGGAAUCUCCAAAGGCGACCUGAUGCAGGAAUUAAGAAGGGUCCACGAAAGGUGAACGAGACGAGUGAGACUGAAACUGGAGAGCCUAUGUCUGGAGUCCGUUUCGUUACUGCCGCGCGUCCGCCUGUAUCUCCAGCAGUUGAAGCCGCGACAAUACCACAGCCCGACUUCAAUAUCGUUACUGGUAAGGUUCAAAUAUCACCUCAGACAUUCGACGCAGAUGGCAAUCCAACACGGAGGAAACAACGGGCCAAGUCAGAGAAAAGAAGCGCGAGUAUGACUGCGUGGUGGGCUGAACGUAAGGCUAGAGCUGCUCAACAAAAGGCGGAUGAGAUGGAGCACAUGCAAAGGAACUUUUCACGUCUGCCUCAGUCUACAAUACAGCACGACCCGAGACAACAUCCAGUGCAAAUGAAUCAGCCUCUCCCACCACCCCCUCACGCCCACUAUCCAGGCACGUCUGUACAUCAUGCGCCAGCUUUGGCACCGGCAGGACCUCACCCUGCCGCUGCGUAUCCACUUACUGGUGGACCGCCCCAAUUCAUCCCUCACAACCCAGCACAUCACCCUCAACAUCCGUAUCCCCAAGGACACCAUCAACAACAGCCUCCACCUCCACGAUCGGCUCAUGGUCCGCCAUCAGGCCACCACGAUGCAUACUUCGUGAGAGCAGGACCGGUUACAGGGCAGUAUACGCUCAAUCCAAACAAAAUCAGUGGACCCCCCCAAGGCGUUCCCAGUCCGUAUGGACCAAUACCCCCUCCUCAAGGACACUUUCGUCCAGCAUCAAGGGGCCAUUAAUUACAGAAUAAGAACGACAGGCCUAUCUCGACCGGUGUCACGAGGCGUAUCGGCAACACAGGGGGUUUUAUCUCAAUCAUUGUUUUUAUCUCAUGCAUCAGCGUGGGGAAGCGCUGUAUGUUCGAGCACAUCCGCAUAAUCGCUAGGCGUUUAUGACCCCUCGUAAAAGUGUACUAUUGAUCGCGAUACCCUUACCCUUGCUUUCUCGUUUACUUGGAUAAUGGCGUCUGGAAAAUAUCUUGUGUUGUGUUAUCUUGUACAUUAGGCAUUGCCGGCGUUGGUUUCUAUCAAAAACCUGUAUUAACUGUGUAGAAACAUAUCACAGUGAUUCAUCUAAACUGAAGAAACACCUUGAUUCACCC